GUUUCCUCAGUUGAAGGAAACAAAACUAAAAUAGCUUUGCUUUUUCUUCUUGUUUCCAGUGUUUUUAUUUUCAAUUUUUUUCCCCACAGCCAAACACUCUCCCUUCCCCUUUUCUCCCAUGGCGGUUGUUAGCCGUUGCUCUAGAGCUGCUACGGCUGCGACAACAGCGAACGCCACCACCGCCACAACAUUCGCUUACUUAAUUCGAUCUCUCUCUCCUUUUUCUUCUUCUUCUUCUUCUUCGACUUUCGAUCCCCAAAAUGACCUCAACAACCGUAAUAAACCAGCCGUUUUAGGGACUUUGAAGAGAGAAUCGAAGGGUAGAAAUGUCCAGUGGGUAUUUUUAGGUUGUCCUGGUGUUGGCAAAGGGACCUACGCUUCACGGUUGUCGAAUCUUCUCGGUGUUCCUCACAUCUCCACCGGUGAUCUUGUCCGAGAUGAGCUCGCUUCCUCUGGUCCCCUUUCUUCUCAGCUCAAGGAGAUUGUUACCCAGGGAAAAUUAGUUUCAGAUGAAAUUAUAAUAGAUUUACUUUCCAAACGUCUUGAAGCAGGAGAAGCUAAGGGUGAAUCAGGGUUCAUUCUUGAUGGUUUUCCUCGGACAGUAAGACAGGCAGAAAUAUUAGAAGGGGUGACAGACAUUGACUUAGUGAUUAACCUGAAGCUUCGAGAAGAAGCAUUGCUUGCAAAAUGUCUUGGAAGAAGGAUUUGUAGUGAGUGUGGAGGAAACUAUAAUGUGGCUUGUAUCGAUAUCAAGGCAGAGAACGGGAGGCCUGGAAUGUACAUGGCUCCACUUCCUCCCCCUCCUCAAUGUGCAUCUAAGCUUAUUACUCGACCAGAUGAUACUGAAGAAGUUGUUAAGCAACGGCUCCGUAUAUACCAGGCGAUGACUCGACCUGUAGAGGAUUUCUACCGCAGUCGCGGGAAGUUGUUAGAAUUUGAUCUUCCGGGAGGAAUCCCAGAAUCAUGGCCAAAGCUGCUCUGUGCUUUGAAUCUUGAAGAUCGCGAGGACAAACAGUCCGCAGCUGCAUAAUGUCUUGCAUCGUUGGAUCAUCUGAAGUAAUUGCUGGUAAAUUCGGUCAUUCUUUGCAUGCACAACACGUGCAUGCAUAUUUAUUUCAUAAAAGAACCCGAAAAGAAGAGAGAAACAUUGCAUAUGCAAAUAAAGCUAGACAUGUCUAAAGCCCUAAACUACAAAACGAGGUAGUUUUGUACUUGUAUUGCAGAGAAUAUGUAAAUUAGGUAAGUUAUUGUUUGGGAGAUGCGGGGGCAUUGUGUUCUUUAAGCUAACUAUAAUGGUUUGCUUUGAAACAAGUAUAUGUAUAUCUGCUUAAUGCCAGUGCCAUUAUCAUUUUGCUGUA